AUGAAGGCUCCACACGACUCGCCAUUACCCCCCCGCCGCGCUCUCACUCUCGGCGACCUGCAUCUGCACCAACCGCCAGUGAAAAGUGCUGUUCCCCGCAGCAGAGCGCCACGCAGCUCUGUGCUCCUCUGCUCCUCUGCUCCUCUGCUCCACCCAGAGAUCCUCUGUGCCCGCGGGGGGACACUGGGACCAGCCCUGAUCAACGCUCCACCUGAGCCGCUUCUGCAAACACAGCACAAUCAAACUGAAGCUAAGAACCUUCAACACCGGAGCUGUAAUGCUUCCACCUAG